AUUAUGCUGACUCUGUCAAUAGCUUAGAGAGGGCUGUAAAGCACUGUAACGUGAUCAAAAUUCAGGUGCUUGGCAGUCAUACACGACCGUUUCAGAGUCCCGGGAUCAAGUGAUCAUUCCUUGUGAUCUUCCCAGCUAGCUUCCUCCGAGCAACGGGGGAAGCCGGAUUCUGUUAACCCCACCAUGUGAUUUGCUUAACAAUUGGCCCUCAUUUGCUGAACCACCGUGGUAAAAAUUGGCUGCGAUUUAUUUUAACUGCCCUGCUUAAGCAGAGGAAACUCUGGUCGGCAAUUGUGGUCGUAAAUCUCGGAGAAGAGGCACCGGACUUCAUCCUAGUCAUGGAAUAAUUGCAGCCCACCGCUGCAAUUUUGGAGGGUGGGGGAGGUCAGGAAGGACUCUGGAGAUGCAUCACACCCCUUUCCAAAUCAGCCAAUGAGAUUCGUGGACUAAAUUGAGCAGAGGGUGUUCCCCACGUGGGUGGCUUACCCACCCACUGCUGUGGCUACAUUUGCCGGGAGCUUUUUAACCCCGGCUGAAAGAACAUCGGGAGUAGCUGGAGAUUCCUUGUAGCUCCCUGUCUCCUAAGCUCCAGGCGUUCACCCACCACCUCGGUUAAGCUGCUCGCCGGCGUCUCCAAAUUAUUGCCAUCAAAGGGCCGGCCGUCUGGAAGUCCUGACUGGGAAGACACCCAACGACAACUAGCAGCUACAAGCGAUUUCGGUCCUUCGGUUGUCUUGAGCAUCUCUACAACAUCAGUGCCAUGGCUUUCCGGUCUUUUCCCGUGGUGUCCUCCCAGCCUUGCACCAUCCAGCCCUGCCCCGCCGAACCUUCGACCGACACCAGGUCGUGUCCGGCCCCGUACCGGGAUUGGAAAUCCGACUUGACAGACUGCUGUGCAGACAAGCAGACUUGCAUCUGUGGUACCUUAGCUCCUUGUGUCCUGGCGUGCCAAGUAGCGGCAAGCCUUGGUGAAUGCUGCUGCCUGCCGAUACUCCCUGGAGCCUUGGUGGCUCUCCGGACGGGCUUGCGAGAACAGCAACGUAUCAAGGUAUUCCUUGGGCUUCCCGGGUUCCCCAUUUUAUCCCCGGGGAAAGAUCAUGAGCGGGAGAGACGACUGGGGCGGGAAGGCAAGGGCUGAGAAGAAGGCGGUGGGAGGAAAUUGCAAGAGUUGGGAGAGCAGACUUUAAUUAACUUGGAAAGUUAAUCCAAUUCUCAGUUGGCAUCGGCGGUAGUUGAUUUCCUGCUGAUUUUUUUUCAGUCCUGGGGUGGGGAGGGAGGGAGGGAGGGAAGGAAGGAGGACAAGAUCUCUCAUUACACCCUGGAGACAGCUCGGUUAGAUCUUUUAAAAAUGAAAAGCGAAGGCAGAAAAAUGGAGAUCGGUUGGCUGGGGUUUUGUGGGGGGUGUGUGUGUUAUUUUGAAUCGAGAGAUGGUUGGAAUUGGGGAGGUGCAGCUACCGUAGAGCGUAAGUUAAA